CAGCCAUAUAGAUAACAUAAACAAAUUCCGUGUUGAUUCACGACAAAUCAAGAACAAUAAACGGAUCGCGAGAACUUCUCAAGAUAAACAUAAAAUACAUAAAAGCAAUUCUACAUAACAGCCACACACUGCUACUGCUAGCCACAUGUGCAUAUGGGCAGUUACACAUGUAUUUGUAUUUGCAUAUGUGCACGCUCGCUUUGGAUAGAUAGCGGUCACGAUAACAAGCUGAUUCCUAUCUAAACUGUAACAGGUGCACAGCAGCGGAAAGCAGGCGUCGCGUUCUGUUACCGAGAUAUAUUCCAUUGAUAAGGGGCCCUCGGGAGAGCGUGCACGGCGAGCACGCUGUGAGCAAAGCUCGAAGAGAGCUUCAACGUGACAGCAGGAAAGCUUCGACGUCGACGUCGACAUCGACGUCAACGACGACAUAGGCAUAGGCAUCGGCCUCGACAUCGGCUUCUGUGUCGCUCGCGCUCGGCUCGCUGUGCGCGGCUCGAGUUUCAAUUUAUUCAAUUUACCGUUAUAGCAGCAAUUGAUGAAAUCGCCGACGACGACGACGCCAUUGGCGACAGCGACAACGACAACGACUACAACACCAGCAGCAGCCACAACGGCGAUAGAAACAGAAGCAGAAGCAGAACGAGCAACAGCUCAGCUCAGUGAGUCGCCAUCGACAUUACGGUGCAGCCGCGCCACAUCCGCCGCCUCAUCCUGGCUGCACGAGCUCAUCCCGGGCGAACAUGAGCCCACAUCGGCGAUCCUCAACUACUGCAAGCGCAAGUUCCUGCGGCCAUAUGUGGCCAUCCUGACCUUGGUUGGCCUCAAUCCCAUUUCCACGGAUAUGACCAAUGUGCGCGCCUGCUGCAGCUACGUCCAGGCGCUGAUGGUCUUCUUCGUCCUGCUGACGGGCUACGUGCUGCGCUAUCUGUGUGGCUAUCGUGGGGAUCGCGGAUUCAGCAGCCUUCGGGACAUACGACCUGGCGGCAAUGACAGCGAUGUGUGCGGCUCCGCCUCCGCCACCACUGCGACCAACACAAUUGGCGAACUGCUCUUUGGCUAUGUGGUGCCCAGUCUCCUCAACCUGCUGAGCUUCGUUUCAGCGGUGCUUGUCUGCAAGGUGAUCGAGCACGAGCAGCUCCAAAAUCUAAUCGAACGGGUGUUUCUGCUGUCAGCGAAGCCCAAGCGCUUGUGCCGCAUGCUUUGGCUCUAUUUGGGCGUGGCGCUGGCUCUGCUGUUGCUGCUGUUUGGCUACGCCUGCUGUGUGGUGUUUAUGCAGCAGGCACAGAUCAUCAAAGUGGCUUGGCUGGCCGAGGCGUUGCGCGACUGGGAGCUCUGGCUGCGCAUUGGCCUGCUGAGCACCAUCUUGCUGCAGGAUCUCGUGGAAAUCAUUGUGCUGAGCAGCUAUUACCUUGAAUGCUAUUUGCUGCGCGUGCAUCUGGAGUCGCUGUCGCACAAGCUGUUGAUGCACUCUAUCGAUUCGUUGGACUGGAUGCGCGAGAUCCUGGAGUUCCGCAAGCUGCUCGAGCGGGUGAAUCAGCACGUCUCCAUACCCGUUUGCUUUCUGAUUGUCAUGAAUCUGGCGUACGCCUUUGCGGGGCUCGUUUAUCUGUUCAAGGAUUUCGACUUCCACUAUUGCGCCUUGAAGCUGGUGCUCCUGAACAUAGCCAACGUCAUGUUGUGGCUGUUUCUGGGCUUGCUACCAUUCUUUGUGGCCGGGUCCGUAACUCGUGUCUGCCAGAACGCCCAGGCAAACGGACAUCAAAUACGUGUCCGUCCAUUUGUAUACCACAAUACCUCCGCCGAGGAUCUCAAUUCAACGUUGCUUUUCGCCUCCUCGCUGGACAUGUCCGCGAAGCUCUUCCGCAUGCCCAUCCAGUCGAACUAUCUAUGCUUCGCAAUACUCGUGGUGACCAUUGUGGUCCUCACCUUGGGCAUGUGCCUUAAUCUGAGCGCCUUGGGCAAGUUCUGAUUCCGUCAACUCUUUCCAUAGCAGGACUUAAUAUAAUUAGCUUAGCCUCAAUCAAGAUUUACGCGCAGCUUAGACUUUUCGCUUAAGUUUUGACUUUAUUUACAAAUUAAGCUUGGGUUCUUCUCCUCUUGUUCCUUACGUUUGUUAUGGGAUUGCUUUUGUUUACAAUUUAACUACUUAAAUUCAGUUCAUUUUUCAGUUAUUUCUUACAGAUUUUUUCUUCUUUUUCUUUUGUUUAGUCUAGGCUGCAAACCAAGUUUCACAAAUUGCAAACAAAUAGUUGUAGAAACUGUAAAUGUAAAAUAUAUAAUUUAAAGACUAAUAAAUAACUGUAUAUAUCUUUAAUGUAAGCAUCAAAAGUUAUGGGCUGUGCUUUUAAACUUGGCAACAAAAUUGCGUAAGAGUCGUAAAAUGUAGUGAUAAAAAUAUAAAUAAUAAAAAAACUCUGAAGACUGCAUCGUAUUACUGUGCAAAAGCUAAAAUAAUAUUGUUUAAGCGCUCGAAAUAUAAACAAAUAGUGUGAAUAACAGUUUUUCUUAAACUUAAAAUGACUGAAUCGUCUGUUUUUACAAAUUCCAACACAACAAAGAUGUAUUCUAAA